AUGUAUUUUAGCCCAUUACUCAGUUUUCUCAAAUCUGGCUUCUCGACUCUCGGCACUCCGCCCUCGUUAGUCGUCUCUCGUCUCUCACCGCCUGCUCAGCGACUCACCUGCUGCAACCCGACUCAAGUAAUGGCUCGUUUGAGUGUAAGUAAAAUUGCCGAGAGAAGAAAAAGGAUUGUGGUUGCUUUGUCUGUUUUCUUAGAGAUGUAUACUGCUGUUAGUGCUCUAGUGCUUUUAAUGGCAUCAGCAGCAUCUCUCAAUAGUUUAGGAGACAAUGAUUUCUCCUUUACCCCGGCUCAAACAUCAUCUGCUAGAGGGGUGAGUUCAACAAAGAGGAAGAGGCGAAGCAUUGACACAUGUGAACCUAUUACUGCAGAUUCUUUGCUUCGUGCUGCCAUUAUGUUGAGUUAGAAGUUAGAAUCGGUGGGAGAGAAAAUAAGUAGAAGUCUUGGGGCCGAAUUGAAUCUUCAAGAAAAGAUUGAGCAAUUGGAUAGUAAAUUGAGUGAGAUUGAGGGACUGUCAUAUGAUGACAAGUUUAUGACUUUGAUCAAGCUUCCUGAAUAUCCAAAUCAAGUGCUUGUGUUUUUCAGCCUUGCACCGGACCGAAGGCCUGAAUGGGUGAAAAGGUUUCUUGCUAUCCAUUGAACAUAUUUGUGUGAGUAGCAUAAAGUACUUUGUUGUUUUUGCUAUGAGUUAAUACUCGGAGGAUCAUUGGAGGUAUUAACCCUUUUUGCUAUCAAGCUAAAAAGUACGUUGUUGUAAGUAUGAAGUUGGUUGUUGUUUUUGCGGGAAAAGCAUGAAGUUGGUUAUUGUAAAAAUAUGAUGUUAGCUUGUUUUUUGAGAACUAAAAGGGAUGAAUUGUUUGAACUUAUAAUUAUGUAUAUUUUGUAAC